UCUUUUCCACGUCAUUAGUGCAUAAUUUUUCCAUAAAAUAUACCGCGUUUUUCGUCUUUUAACGCGCUUAUUGUGCCAGUUACAAGCACAGUUGGGUUUUUUAUUGACUGGAAAUAGUGUGAAAUCAAAUCAACAAUGAGCCGCACAAAUGGUGAGGGGUCUGAACUGAUCGACAUGGAAAACUUAUUCUACACUGGUGACUACUCCGGAGCCCUUAACGAGUUUUACAAAAUUCAGAAACCAUCCGUAGAAAGGGAUAUCCUUAUGUAUAGGUCGUAUAUAGCACAGGCCAGAUACCGCAUCGUGCUGGACGAGAUCAAGCAAAACAAUGAAACUCCGUUAUUGGCGGUGCGCUAUUUGGCUGAAUAUCUUCACGUAAGCCACCGUAAAAACGAGAUCGUUGCUUUUUUCGACGAGAAGGUCCAGGGCGAGGCUAGUGAGCAUGUGAUUUGGACCAUUGUUGCGGCUGUCGUAUACAUCAACGAAGAGUUGUACGAAACGGCCAUAAAGUUGCUGGUGGAAAAUAACAACUUAGAGUGCCUCUCACUCUACAUGCACUGUCUUCUGAAGAUGUCACGCGUCGAUCUUGCGAAACAAGUCCUGCAGACGAUGCAGGAGAAGGACGAUGACGCGACCCUUACACAACUCUCGCAAGCUUGGCUGAACAUUCAAAUCGGUGGCGAAAAGUUGCAGGACGCUUACUACAUCUUCCAAGAUAUGUGCGACAAGUUUUCUCCCACUUUGCUGCUGAUGAAUGGACAAGCCGUGUGUGCGAUCGGCCAACAAAAGUACGAAGACGCGGAACGGGUUUUGCGCGAGUGCGUAACUCGUACUCCGGAUGAUUACGACACGCUUGUCAAUCUGUUAAAUCUGUCACAGCAGAAGCUUAGAAAGCAAGACGAGGCUCAGUUUGGCCGCUACUUGUCGCAGCUUCGAGAGCACAAGAAUAAUGCGCUGGCGACUACCUACACCAAGAAACUUACUGAAUUCAAUCAGCUAGUGCUUCAAUACGGUCCAUCGAAUAAGAAAUCCGUCAGCGAAAUCGAAGCAUAAAAUGUGCGAACCGGAUGAAACCUUGCUUGUACCCAUUUCAAUGUAUUCCAACACUUUUCUGUAACAAUAAUCAUCGCAAAAGCG